AUGGAGGUAGAUGUUGAAAGAGUUGGUGAGGAGUUAUACAGUCGGAUUUAUAACCAGCAUAAAGACAACGCUGGAAAACUAACAGGCAUGUUAUUGGAACUACCAUCUGCGGUCUUGGUUCAGUUGCUACAGGAUGAAGCUAUGCUGACUGCAGCAGUCGACAAGGCUUACAAAGCACUGCAAGAGUCAACAGACGAACCCAGCAAAAAUAGACUCACGACCGCGGAGGAUGUUUCCACGUCCUCUGAUUCACUGGGAGAGCAGCUUUUUGAGUUGGUAGAUCUUUACAACACAGGUUACUCACAGAAGAUAACAGGGAUGCUUUUAGAGCAGAAAAAGUAUGUAGUGCUCAACCUUCUUUCAGACCCCAAGCUGCUUGAAAAGCAAGUGAACCAAGCUCUUGAGACAUUAAAACGAGAGUCGGAGGCAGAUCUUAAUGACUCUUUAGAUGUUGAUGACCCACAUGAUUUUGGGGAAAGACUAUUUUCACUAGUGCAGCAGAUUAAUCAAGAUCAUGCAAAUGAGUUAACAGGUAUGCUGCUGGAGAUGGAUCGCGCUGCUCUUCAUCAGUUGUUGUGUGAUCAUACUUUGCUGGAGGCAGCAGUUAAAAAAGCACUUUCAGCACUGGGAACUAAUUCAAUCGAGAAAGUGACAUAA